UAGAAUUAGAUGUAUGGGACACAGAAAAAUUGUGAAACUGUCUAUACUGAAGGGAAGAGACAGUGAGGGAAGAGAGAAGGAAAAAAAAAAGAGGACAGAAGAACAGAGGGAACCUUCCACCUUUUAUCUUGUUGGCAUCAAGGAUGAAGACUUGGAGCAGCUGGUCCACAAUAGCCCUCAGAGACCCUCCCAAAAUCAUCAAGGGAACAUACGGUUCUAAAAUCAGCUCCAAGGCACAAAGUAAGAUGUGAUGGGGCGCCUGAGGAACAUUCAUAGCACAGACUUCACUUUGGAGUCGAACACGGGCAAUUUGUUUCUCCCAUCGUUUGCUCCAUUUCUGUGCCCUGAGAAGGGCAAAGUUUGCCUUCCUCAGGCAUGUCUUGUCAGCUCCAAGCAGCUGCAGGGGCUUAGAUAUUCAGCUUAACAUUCUUCAGGAACACAAUCAGACUGAGGCUCUCCACCUGCCUCCCAAUGGCGCUCUUCACUAGAGUCAACACUACUACCUCAGUCACACAUGGGCAAGAGAACUCAACAGAGCCGGGCCUGCCACACUCCCAUGCCUACUACGCCCUCUGUUAUUGCACCCUGAUUUUGGCCAUCAUCUUUGGGAAUGUGCUGGUCUGCCUGGCGGUGCUAAGAGAGCGCACCUUGCAGACCACAACGAAUUACCUGGUGGUGAGCCUGGCCGUGGCAGACUUGCUGGUGGCCACACUGGUGAUGCCGUGGGUGGUAUACCUGGAGGUGACUGGAGGAGUCUGGAAUUUCAGCCGCGUCUGCUGCGACAUCUUUGUCACUAUGGAUGUGAUGAUGUGCACAGCCAGCAUUUUAAACCUCUGUGCUAUCAGCAUUGACAGGUACACAGCAGUGGCGAUGCCAGUUCAGUAUCAGUAUGGCACAGGGAAGAGCUCCUGCAGGAGGGUUUCCAUUAUGAUCGUGAUGGUCUGGAUGUUGGCAUUUGCUGUGUCCUGCCCCCUCCUGUUUGGCUUCAAUACCACAGGGGAUCCUAGUGUCUGUUCCAUAUCCAACCCUGAUUUUGUCAUCUAUUCUUCGGUGGUAUCCUUCUACCUUCCCUUCAUGGUCACCUUGCUGCUUUAUGUCCGGAUUUAUUUUGUGCUGAAGCAGAGACAGAGGAAACGAAGCCUCUCCAGGCAGGGCAGCCAUAGCAUCAGCAUCAAAGCCUGUUACACACAGAAAGAGCACAAAGAGAAGGAAACUUUGCACCAUGGGCACCAAGACCCCCUCUCAUCCCGUCUGCAGCUAAAAUCCCCAAUCCAAGAGCUUUCCCCUGAAAAGAAGCUGCUGACCCCCUCUGACCUGCAGCCGUACUGCAGCUUCUGCCACCAAGCUUCCUUCCCCAGGACCGGGACCAAUGGAAAUGAGCUAAAAGAGGAGAGAAGAAGCAGGGAACAGAACUUGGAGGUGCAUAAACUCAGCAAUGGCCAAACCUUGACCUCUUUGAAGCUAGUGCACCAGCAGCCCCGGACAGUACAGCUGAGAGAGAGGAAGGCCACACAAAUGCUGGCUAUCGUUCUGGGGACAUUCAUAGUCUGCUGGCUGCCGUUCUUCAUGACCCACAUCCUGAACACUCACUGCCAGGCUUGUCACAUAACCCCAGAGCUCUACAGUGCCACCACAUGGCUUGGUUAUGUAAACAGCGCUCUCAACCCCAUCAUCUACACGACCUUUAACACUGAGUUCCGCAAAGCUUUCCUCAAGAUCUUGUGCUGCUGACAGCGGGGCUGGAAGGACGAAGGCUUGAUUUAAUAGUAAACCCAAGAGGAUGUUGCAGGCAGAAGCCUAACGAGAUAGUUCCAUAGCGAGAGGCCACAUGGAUAGACGCUCUCAGCCAUCAACGGGGAGAAAGCUCAGGAUCUUCUGUCCCACAAGUCCCAAACACUUCAGCUAAAGAAGAAUCUCCAUUGGCUGUUGCCAUAUCAGGGUUUCUAUCCCCUGCAAGCUGUAGCCACUAGAGUGCAGCCUGACCCCACACACUUCAGCAGGUCAGGUGCUCUGGCUCUGGAGUGCAGAGCAUAUACACUGCCCAGUGCAAAACAAAUGGGAGCGGGCCAAGUUUGGCUGGCUUCAUUCACUGAAUCACAAAGCUCCCACUUGGAUUCCCUUAAAUGCUUAAGGUUUCCUCAAAAGCACAGCUACAGGUUCUGGGGAGAUGGAGAGCCAAAGAAGCAGCACACACCUCAGUGGCUCUCCAAUUCAAACACAAGCACACACUUGAACAUGAAUCACAGCAGUGUAUCCUCAUUAAGAGUUCUCAGGCAUCUCUAGCCUUUAGGAAUACAGGAGACACAUGGGAGUCUUAGGUCUGUCUACACUGUGAUGGGAGGUGUAUUUCCAGCACGUGUAAACGUACCCAAACUAGCUUUAAUCUACGGUUUAUCUACACACACAUUUCAUUUGCAGCAAGAUAGGGUGCGACACUAUCCCACACAAGCCUCCCAUGGGCUAACUGUACAGAGGGACCCUACUGAUGAGCUGGGAUUAGAUCAAAGCAUAUUAAUGAACUAUUAAUGCAUGUCAGCAGGAUCCACACAGUCAAGUUUGUCUAUGGCAGGCUAGCAUUAGGUAGAUUCACAGCCCAGCUUGCCACGAACAAAAUGUUUGUGUAGAUGAGCCUCUAGCUAACAUGAGUACCAAUAGUAGUGAAGUUGUGGCCAUAUGAACCUAAGUAUGCACUGGCUGCACAAGUAAAUACCCAGGGUCCUGCGUGGGCUUGUACAACCUGCACUGAAGCUGGUGUUACUGUGGCUAGCAUGAGUGCUAGCUAGAUUAAAGCUCAUCUGGGUCUGUCUACAUGCGCUGCACUCACACCUCUGACUGCCUCCGUGCAUAUGCUUUAAGAAGUUAGUCAUCCUUUUGUUGCUGGUUUCUCUCACUGUGGAAAACAUAUUGCUAAUAGCGGGUGUGUUUGUACUGUCUUCUUGAUGAGAUGUCAGGAAUGUGCCCACUGGGGUGUAUAAGAACAAGAGAGAAAUUGCUCCCCACAAAUCUACUGAUGAGACUAAGUAAGUGAGCUAGUAAAUAAUGUACAGAGGAACAAGUGUUCCCCUGUUGUCUCCAUCGAGGGGUUGCCCUCUACAAUCAGUUCAGUUUGAGUAACUAAAAGACCACAAUCCAAGCACUCAGAUAUUACAGAGCAGUGUCGUAUGAAAACCUAGACAGGGUGGAUAGAAUAAGCCAUUAAACCAGAUCAGGGGCCAGAUCCUCUGCUGGUGUAAAUCAGCCUAGCUCCACGGAAGUCACUAGUGCUAUGCCCAUCUACAUCAGCUGAGGAUCUGGUCCUAAGACCUGCCUGUCGGUUUCAACGCUUAGGUUGUUCUUUCACUCCUAGCAGUGAUAACAUUCACUUCACACAGCCUCUUUGCUGCUGGUACCUUGUUGUUGUUUGUUAUAUAUAAACUCACGUGACUGUGCCUAAAAUUAAGUAAUUUUAGAAUCAGUUUUGAUGAUGCCAGCAUAAUCUAGCUUGCAUAGAGUCUGUUGUGUUGAUACUUCAUGCAGGGGGAGUUAUUGUUCCCUUGGUGAGAUUUGUAUUAGUAAAUUAGAUUGUGUCAGCAGAAGCUCACCAGGUUACCAUAUGUAUAACGUUGCCUUUCCUCCUAACCCAAGGAUCAGCAACAAAUUGACAACUAAUGAUCUACUGUAUAUGCUCUCAUCUCUUAGGGCCAUUAAGCCAGUGGUAUUGGUUGUGAUUUCACUAUCCAGCCACAUAUUUCUGUCUUCUGCCAUGAGUGGCCUUCUUGCUGCCUAGCUGCUAUAAAGAACCAAUAGCUAGAAAGAGACGCGGGUGCAGGAAGGUGACCACUGUGGAAGGAUUUCUCCUACUAGUCUCUGACCUCUUUGACUGCUCUAUUCACACUGCUGUUCCUCACAAGAACACAGCUUGAGUAAGUGCUUAGCUUUGUUUUUACUGAUGUUAUAAUCUUCAAGUGCACACAGCUAUGGCAACUGCCCCGUAGUGUCCCUGGUGGUAGGGAAGAGUGGUGACUCAAUUGUAAAGAUAGAAUAGAAGGAUUCUUUACUGAGGCUGCUGGAUGCAGGCGGACCCUGUGAUUCCCUGAUUCUCUUGCUCCCAGACUGACACAGCCUGUGCUGCCUUGUGUCACCACACAGGAUCUCCCUAAGUCCUGGCCUGGAAUAAGCAAUCAUUACACUCCCUUCCCUUCUUGGUGGAUAUUUAUCCCUUGUAAUUUCUGAAUGCAAUGGUUGCUCUGAAGCACAGUAUAGGUUGAUCACAUCAGUCCUGUGCAGCAUGGGCCCCAUCUCAAGAGCCAAGGCAUCUAAAGCUUGUCUCCUUUCACAAGAAGCCCUUCCCUGGCUGAUCUCAAGACAUUUCUUUCAGAUUCUCUCAUUGUACAAUAUUAAGCCUGUCAAGAUUCCUUCUCCACUCUGAACUCUAGGGUACAGAUGUGGGGACCUGCAUGAAAACCCCCCUAAGCUUAUUUUUACCAGCUUAGGUUAAAACUUCCCCAAGGUACAAACUAUUUUACCUUUUGCCCCUGGACUUUAUUGCUGCCACCACCAAGCGUCUAACAAAUACAUAACCGGGAAAGAGCCCGCUUGGAAACGUCUUUCCUCCAAAAUCCUCCCAAACCCUACACCCCCUUUCCUGGGGAAGGCUUAAUAAAAAUCCUCACCAAUUUGCAUAGGUGAACACAGACCCAAACCCUUGGAUCUUAAGAACAAGGAAAAAGCAAUCAGGUUCUUAAAAGAAGAAUUUUAAUUGAAGAAAAAGUAAAAGAAUCACCUCUGUAAAAUCAGGAUGGUAAAUACCUUACAGGGUAAUAAGAUUCAAAACAUAGAGAAUCCCUCUAGGCAAAACCUUAAGUUACAAAAAGACACAAAAACCGGAAUAUACAUUCCAUCCUGCACAGCUUAUUUUAUAAGCCAUUUAAACAAAACAGAAUCUAACGCAUAUCUAACUAGAUUCCUUAUUAGCCCUUUACAGGAGUUCUGACCUGCAUUCCUGCUCUGGUCCCAGCAAAGGCAACACACAGACAGAGAGAACCCUUUAUCCCCCCCCCAGCUUUGAAAGUAUCUUGUCUCCUCAUUGGUCAUUUUGGUCAGGUGCCAGCGAGGUUACCUUAGCUUCUUAACCUUUACAGGUGAAAGGGUUUUUCCUCUGGCCAGAAGGGAUUUAAAGGUGGUUAGCCUUCCCCUUAUAUUUAUGACAAAGCCAAAUACAUCAGUGGCUCCAGCUCAGUCUCUUGUCUUGCUCCCAAGCUCAGACUUUGAUGUGUUGUUACCCACACACUUGUCAUCUGAAGCUGUCAAUCUAUUCAUGCCCUUGCCCAUGCCACAGCUCCUUUGGGAAGUGCUUCCUUUCUCUUUAGCAUAAAGGCUAAACAUUCUCCUUAGUUUCUGGGCUAUAUAGCUGAGAUCUAUUAAUAUCAUUUUGGAUGCUAGCAAUUGGCAUCCUUGGGACUGUUUGCUUGGGAAGGUGCCCUGGAAACUGCAUCAAUCAAAUAGAAUGAUGCAAAGCAAGCUUGCAGCUGCAGGUUGUCGCUUGGUAUAGUAUUGGCACUUCUAUAACACCCUUCAUCUGCAGUACACAAAAUGCUUUACAAACAUUAAGUGAUGACUGGCCUCCCAACACCCUGUGAGGAUGGCAUCGUUACCCCCUUUUUACAAAAUGGGAACAGGAGGCACAGAGAAGAAAAGAUUUGCCCAGUGUCAUACAGUAGAUCAGUAACAUAGCUGGAAAUCAGUCUGUGCUCUAAACACUAGUACCAUCAUAUAGUAAUAUUUGUACUUUGAAAAAUGUGGCAAAUGUUUUUUCUGAUCUGUGCUAAGACAAGCCCAUCGUGUAAUUCUUUCACCUGGCUAGUGUCUCAGGGCAA